AUGGAAGGAAAGAAACUAUCGAGCUUUAUUAAAUCGAAAAAGACAAAUACUUCUUCAAACAGCUUGCCAUUAUCAUCAUCUUCAUCCUCUUCUACUACUACUACAGCACCUUUAAACGAAAGUAUUAACGGUACUUCUGCUUCAAAGGAAAGUAGUACUACCUCCAACAACAACAACAACCAUUCACAAUCUAAUGAACUUACACCAGAAGAAUAUGCAAAGAGAAAUACCAGACAGAUUCCAGCCAUUCUAUUAGAGGACGAUGUAGAGACUGAGCACGAGCAAUACCCAUUCGACUUUGAAAAGUACUACUAUGAAUCAAAGGAAAUCAACAGAGAAACAGUCAGAGAGUUGGUUGUCAUCCCCGAUGAAACUACAACCGAUCAUGUUCAACUUAUUCCAAAGUAUAAUAGAACUUUGGUAUUACCAUCGGAUUAUAAAAAAGGAGCAAAUCAAUAUAUCGAUGAUUGCAUUGACUUUUAUUAUUCAACCAAUUGGAAAACAUUAAAAGGAAAUGAUUUUACAGUUGAUGAGACACCUCAUUCCAUUGUCAAUAGUAUUAUGGAAAAGAAGAUAGAGUAUAAAGCGUUACCAGAUGAUUCAUCUUCAUCUUCAUCAUCGUCAAACGAUUCACCAUCCAACUCUUCCAAUGGAGUACCACCACCACAACCAACCAUCACAACAACCAUUAGUGCUAGUAGUAAUGGCAACAACAACAGUAAAUUCCAUCAUCACCAUCAGAGUGGAUCCAAUGGGGGUGGCGGCGCAGUCGAUGUUUCCAUAUUCCAAUCAAAUAGUGUGGUUGUAAAGAGUGACGACGUCGACGAAUUACACAUGAACUAUUUGGAAAGACAACUCCGCGUACAAAACAAACAAGAACAACAUCAAAAGAGUUUAUACUCUUACUUUACCCUAUCUGAACAACCUCCAUCAAUUGUUGAUCCUCCCAUUUAUCAAAAAGAAAAGGCAAGAGUAAUAUUAGUUGAUUGUAAAGAUUUGGUAUUUAAAUUUUGGGAAAAAGACGAAGAAACGGAACCAUUUUAUUGUAGUUUAUAUUUAUUUGAUAUCUCUAAAAAAGUAAGAGUAUCUGAUGUAUUCCAUUUCGAUUUUAUCAAUGAAAAGACCGACAAGUUGCUUGGAGCCAAUCAAAAGACAAAGGAUGACCUCAACGCUACCAAAAAGGCAAUCUUUACAGUUGCCAAAUCAAGUCAAGAUAUUUACUUGGUAUUAAAGGUUGAAAAGAUUUUAAUGGGUGAUUUAGAAGAUCAAGCUGAACCAUACAUAAAGUGUAAUUUAAAGGAUAAAGAAAGAGAAAAAUUAAAAGAACAAAUUAGAUCAAAUUGUUCAAGAUUGGGUGCUUAUAGACAAGCAUUUUGUUGGGGAUGUGUACCAGUGUUUGGAGAUGAGGGAGAGUUGGGUGUUGGCGAGAAUACUCAUUUCCGUCCACUCUAUCGAUAUCGUCCUGAUAGUACCGAUGCGCAAAUGCUCGAUUCCACACUGGGAGAGUUCUCAAAGAGUGCAUCGACCAAGAAAUUAAAGGUUAUUCCUGGUCAUUGCACAGUCGACAUGUCAGAGGUCUCCAAUUACCAUAAUCUUUUUACUAGUCCAUUUGAACCAAACACUAUAGUCUAUAAUCAGUCUCUUACUCCAAUCAACAUUUGUCAACCACAACCUCUACCAGUACAAUCAUCUGCUUCAUCAUCACUCUCAACCACUCCAAGUCUCUUGUCACCACGUCCAGAGGAUGCUAUCCCCUCUGCAAAGACUACUGCUACUACUACUACUGUACCAACAACAACAACACCAGAUAAACUGAUUAAAGAGAUGCAAGAGUUUUCAUCAUUCCCAAGAUUUGAAGCCAAUCAAGAAUACAUUCACAAUCUCUAUAUCUAUCCAGAGUCUGUCAACUUUUCAAAUCGUAGUGGAUCAGUCACUGCCAGAAAUAUUACAUGUAAAAUUCAACUCAUGGAAAAUGAUGAUAAUGUUAAUUUCGAUGGUAUGAAAUUAAUCUAUGGUCGUAGUAAUAAUGAUUCAUUUACUUCAAAAUAUUUAACUUCUGUUACAUAUCAUUCAAAGACACCAUUUUUCUAUGAUGAAAUUAAAUUAAAGUUACCAAUUAAUUUAAAUAGUAAUCAACAUUUAUUGUUUACAUUUUAUCAUAUUACAUGUCAAAAGAGUGACAAGGAGAAUAGUUUUGAUGCACCGAUUGGUCAUGCAGUUCUCCCCAUCUAUGCCAAUGGAAAUGGUAAGAUAUUGUCGGAUGACGUGUACACGUUGCCGGUGGCAUACGAGCUUCCACCACGUUACAACAAGGAUACGCAAGAGGUAGUUCGUUAUGUAGACAAUAAAAAGCCAAUCUUCCAAGUGCGUACCAAGCUAGUGUCAAGUAUUGCAUCGACCGAUGAUAGCAUUACCACCUUUUUCAAUGUCAUCUCGUCGCCUGGCGCCUCGUCUGACCAGAUGGCCAAGGCCAUCAAGAACCUAAAAAACUGCAAGUUGGAAUCGAUCGCACAGUACUUUCCCAUUGUCAUGAACCAAUUGUUCCGUAUCAUGACCAGUUCCAAGCACAGUCAUGAGUUGGCAAUGACCACCUUUAUCGUGAUUGGUGAUAUUCUCAACAUUGUCAAUGACAUUAAUGGCAAGGUGCACGAGCGAUACGCCAAGUUUGUAUUCACCAAUAUUGUCCAACAAGACAGUACACUCCCACCAUCAUCCUCACCAUCGUCGACCCAUCCUCACGAGCACCAACCAGUCUACGAGGUACUUAUCAAGACAUGGCUCGAGUUGAUGCGUUUCCAAGAGCACAACUCUGAAAAUAUCCUCAGAUUCUCCAAAUUCUUCUUUACCAUUAUCUUCAAGUCCAUGUCACUCAGUUUGAUUGAACGAUCAAAACGUGAGGAAAACAAGACUAGAAAGGGUAGAUUUGUCGGUGUUCGUUGUCAACUCCGUAAAUUAAUCUCUAUUCUUCGUUGGGAGGCUUCCACUCGUGUAAAACAUACCUUUAAACUUUCAAAAGAAUUGGUCAAAUCUCUUGGUCAUUUAAUUUCUUCUUUAUUAAGUAUUUGUGAUCGUGGUUAUGUAUUUUCAAUUAUUGACAAGGUUGUGUUAGAUUUUGAUCAAAGUACAAAUGAAUCAGAAACAGAAAUCAAUGAAUUAAAGUUUGAAUUUUUAAGAAUUAUUUGUCAAAAUGAUUUCUUUGUACAAUUAAAUUUACCAAUGCCCUAUAGAAUUGAUCCAUCUUUGAAAUUAAAUAAUGUUUUAUCUUCAUCAAAACACUUUUUAUCAGAAUUAUUAAAUUCACAUAUAUCAAAUGGUUUAUCACAUAAGGAAUGUUUGGUUAGAAUGGAUGCAGCCAAUUCAUUAAGAGAUACAUUGAUUAAAAUUGAAAUGGAUACACGUUGGCAAGAUCCAUUGACCAAACAACGUAUUGUCGGUGUAUCAAUAACCACAAGGACGACCCUGAAAUGGUCGCCGAUCUCUACCAUCGUAUCGCCGACAACAACAAGUCCAAUGCCGACACACGUCUCAUCUGGUUGCAAGGACUGGCCAACUUCCACAAAAAACAAGAGAACUUUGCCGAAGCUGCCCAGUGCUACUUGCAUAUGGCCGCGUUGGUAUCAGAGUACUUGGUGUUGGUCGGCUCGCCCAUCCCCACGAUCAACGGGUCGGCAGCGUUCCUCAACGUCAACAAGAACGCGUUGGAGGAGAGCAACUCGUACAUUGAGCGCGAAGACGACGACAAUAACCAGCGAUUCUCCAUCGACUAUUUCUGCUCGCUCAUCAACGACGCCAUACUCUUGCUCAAGGAUGCCGAUCUCUACGAGAUUGCCAAUUUGGUGUACAAGCUGCUACUACCCGUCUACGAGUACAAUCUCAACUAUGAGGAGCUGGCCAAAUGUCACGGUAACCUCAAAGACAUCUUUUUAA